CGGCGGGGCAGCGGCGCGAGGGCGUGGGGCGCCCCGGCCCGGCCCCGCAGCUGCUUUUCCCCCGCCUUCCUGCCGCCUCCUCCCGCUUCCCCGCCGGCGUCGCGAGCCAUGGCGGUGCGGCCGCUUCCCGUCCCUUCCCUCCUGGAUCCCGUCCUGGGGGUGGCCGCGUUUCUCCGUCCUCCCUCCCCGUCCCAGGCGGGGAGGCGAUAAUGGCUCGGUCAGGAGGAGGCUCGGCCCCGCGGUGCCAGCCGGGCACGGCUGCGCGAAGCCCAGAGGGCUGCGUUUCUUCGGCUGUUUUUGCGGCCCGCUAGGUGCCGGGAUUCAGUGCAGCACCAUCUCCGAGGCAGCCAUGUUGGGAUGAUGAUCUGACAAUCCUCCGUGGGCUGAGGCAGGGUGACAGGCCUGCUAGUCUGGGCGUCAGGGCCAGAAUAUAGGUGUUAAACCGAGGUUGGAGGACUGGUAUUUCCCAGAUGCACAUGAAAACGCCAGGAAGGCGACAAACCUGAAAGAUCCUAACCCCUUCACUUUUAAUUUCUCGACUGCACUGCAAGCGAUCAGAAUGUCGGGGGCUUCUGUGAAGGUGGCUGUUCGGGUUCGGCCCUUCAAUUCCCGAGAGACCAGCAAAGAAUCCAAAUGUAUCAUCCAGAUGCAAGGCAAUUCAACAAGUAUUGUCAACCCAAAGAAUCCCAAGGAAGCGCCAAAGUCCUUCAGCUUUGACUACUCCUAUUGGUCACAUACAUCGCCUGAAGAUCCCUGCUUUGCAUCUCAGAGCCGUGUGUACAAUGAUAUCGGGAAGGAGAUGCUGCUGCAUGCCUUUGAGGGCUACAAUGUAUGCAUUUUUGCCUAUGGGCAAACUGGAGCUGGGAAAUCCUACACAAUGAUGGGCAAGCAAGAGGAGAGCCAAGCAGGCAUAAUCCCACAGCUAUGUGAAGAACUGUUCGAGAAAAUCAAUGACAACAGCAAUGAAGAAAUGUCGUAUUCUGUAGAGGUGAGUUAUAUGGAGAUUUAUUGUGAGAGGGUCAGAGACUUAUUAAACCCAAAGAACAAGGGAAAUUUGCGUGUGCGAGAACAUCCUCUGCUUGGCCCAUAUGUGGAAGAUCUGUCCAAGCUAGCAGUCACAUCUUACACAGACAUUGCGGACCUCAUGGAUGCUGGGAACAAAGCCAGGACUGUGGCAGCUACCAACAUGAAUGAAACCAGCAGCCGUUCUCAUGCUGUGUUUACAAUUGUCUUCACUCAGAAGAAACAUGACGCAGAAACUGAUCUUUCCACAGAAAAGGUCAGCAAGAUUAGCCUUGUGGAUCUAGCUGGGAGUGAGAGAGCUGAUUCAACUGGUGCCAAAGGAACUCGAUUGAAGGAAGGAGCAAAUAUAAACAAGUCUCUCACAACUCUGGGCAAAGUUAUUUCAGCAUUGGCUGAAGUGGAUAACUGCACCAGCAAGAGUAAAAAAAAGAAGAAGACAGACUUCAUACCAUACAGGGAUUCUGUGUUAACAUGGCUGCUUCGAGAAAAUCUAGGUGGUAACUCCAGGACUGCCAUGGUUGCUGCUUUGAGUCCAGCAGACAUCAACUAUGAUGAAACUUUGAGCACUUUAAGAUAUGCUGAUCGUGCAAAACAGAUUAAAUGCAAUGCUGUUAUCAACGAAGACCCCAAUGCCAAGCUGGUGCGUGAGCUGAAGGAGGAGGUGACACGGCUUAAGGAUCUCCUGCGUGCCCAAGGGCUGGGAGAUAUUAUUGACAUUGAUCCAAUGGGAGAUGAAUACUCUGGAAGUGGAGGCAAAUACUUGAAAGAUUUUCAGAACAAUAAACAUAGAUACUUGCUAGCCUCCGAGAACCAACGUCCUGGCAAUUUUUCCACAGCCUCCAUGGGGUCCCUCACUGCAUCUCCGUCCUCCUGCUCUCUCAGUAGUCAGGUGGGCUUAACAUCUGUGUCCAGUAUACAGGAAAGAAUCAUGUCAACACCUGGAGGAGAAGAGGCAAUUGAACGUUUGAAGGAGUCUGAGAAGAUCAUUGCAGAGUUGAAUGAAACAUGGGAAGAGAAGCUGCGGAAAACUGAGGCCAUUAGGAUGGAAAGGGAGGCAUUGUUGGCAGAAAUGGGAGUUGCCAUUCGUGAAGAUGGAGGAACGCUGGGAGUAUUCUCACCUAAAAAGACUCCUCAUCUUGUAAACCUUAAUGAAGAUCCACUCAUGUCUGAAUGUCUGCUUUACUACAUCAAAGAUGGUAUUACUAGGGUUGGCCAAGCUGAUGCUGAGCGAAGACAAGAUAUUGUAUUGAGUGGGGCUCACAUUAAAGAAGAACACUGCAUCUUUCGAAGUGAGAGGAACAACAAUGGUGAAGUUAUUGUUACUUUGGAGCCUUGUGAACGAUCGGAAACUUAUGUUAAUGGCAAGAGGGUAGUGCAGCCUGUGCAGCUCCGCUCAGGCAAUCGUAUCAUCAUGGGUAAAAACCACGUCUUCCGAUUCAACCAUCCAGAACAAGCACGAGCAGAAAGAGAGAAAACGCCAUCUGCUGAGACUCCCUCUGAGCCGGUUGACUGGACAUUUGCUCAGAGGGAGCUUCUGGAGAAGCAGGGUAUCGACAUGAAGCAGGAGAUGGAGAAAAGAUUGCAAGAAAUGGAGAUUUUGUAUAAGAAGGAGAAAGAAGAAGCUGAUCUCUUGUUGGAGCAGCAAAGGCUGGACUAUGAGAGUAAGCUCCAGGCCUUACAGAAGCAGGUAGAGACACGAUCCUUGGCAGCUGAAACAACAGAGGAAGAAGAGGAAGAGGAAGAAGUGCCCUGGACACGGCAUGAAUAUGAACUAGCUCAGUGGGCUUUCAGGAAAUGGAAAUUUCACCAGUUCACUUCAUUGAGGGACCAACUCUGGGGUAAUGCAGUGUAUCUGAAAGAAGCCAAUGCAAUCAGUGUAGAGUUAAAGAAAAAGGUGCAGUUUCAGUUUGUUCUGCUGACAGACACCCUCUACUCACCACUGCCUCCAGAACUUUUGCCCACUGAGAUGGAGAAGACUCGGGACAAUAGGCCUUUCCCCCGGACAGUGGUAGCUGUGGAAGUCCAGGAUCUGAAGAAUGGAGCAACGCAUUACUGGUCCUUAGAAAAACUCAAACAGAGGUUGGAGCUGAUGCGUGAGAUGUAUGACAGAGCUGGGGAAAUGACAUCAAAUACACAGGAUGAGAGUGAAAGCACAAUGACUGGCAGUGACCCCUUUUAUGACAGAUUUCAUUGGUUCAAGCUUGUUGGAAGCUCCCCCAUUUUCCAUGGCUGCGUCAAUGAGCGUCUUGCUGAUCGCACACCCUCCCCCACUUUCUCUACGGCUGACUCCGACAUCACUGAACUGGCUGAUGAACAGCAGGAUGAGAUGGAGGACUUUGAUGAUGAGGCCUUUGUGGAUGAUACUGGCUCCGACGCUGGAACUGAGGAGGGAUCGGACCUCUUCAAUGAUGGGCACGACCCGUUUUACGACCGGUCCCCUUGGUUCAUUUUAGUGGGAAGAGCAUUUGUAUACCUGAGCAAUCUGCUGUACCCAGUGCCUCUUAUUCACAGAGUAGCUGUUGUUAGUGAGAAAGGAGAAGUACGAGGAUUUCUGCGGGUAGCAGUGCAAGCUAUAGCAGCUGAUGAAGAAGCCCCAGAUUAUGGAUCUGGCAUUCGACAGUCUGGCACAGCUAAAAUUUCAUUUGACAAUGAAUAUUUUAAUAAGAGUGAUUUUUCUUCAGUUGCGAUGACUCGGUCUGGACUGUCAUUGGAAGAAUUAAGAAUUGUGGAAGGGCAGGGUCAGAAUUCGGAGGUCAUCACUCCUCCAGAAGAGAUCAACAGAAUGAGUGACGUAGACCUGAAGUCAGCCACUUUGCUGGAUGGAAAGAUGACUAUGGAAGGAUUCACUGAGGAAAUUGGUGACCAUUUGAAAUUGGGUAGCGUGUUUACCUUCCGUGUGACAGUGCUACAAGCCAGUGGCAUUCUUCCUGAGUAUGCAGAUAUUUUCUGCCAGUUCAACUUUUUACAUCGACACGAUGAAGCUUUCUCAACUGAACCUCUCAAAAACAAUGGUCGAGGGACUCCCCUUGGGUUUUACCAUGUUCAGAAUAUUGCUGUGGAAGUGACGGAAUCGUUUGUGGACUACAUCAAAACGAAGCCUAUUGUGUUUGAAGUUUUUGGGCAUUAUCAGCAGCAUCCUCUCCACCUGCAAGGACAGGAUCUCAACAGUCCUCCACAGCCAUCCCGAAGAUUCUUUCCUCCCCCCAUGCCACUCUCAAAGCCAGUGCCAGCUACAAAGCUAAAUACUCUGAGCAAACCUAACUUGGGCCAGAGUGUGAGCAAAUACGACCUCCUUGUCUGGUUUGAGAUCAGCGAAUUGGAGCCAACAGGGGAGUAUAUUCCUGCUAUCGUGGACCACACAGGAGGCCUGCCUUGUCAGGGAACAUUCCUGCUUCACCAGGGAAUCCAGCGUAGAAUCACAGUCACCAUUAUUCAUGAGAAAGGCAGUGAGUUGCACUGGAAAGAUGUGCGAGAGCUGGUUGUUGGACGUAUAAGAAACAAAGCAGAGGUAGAUGAAGCUGCUGUGGAUGCUAUUCUGUCUUUGAAUAUUAUCUCUGCAAAAUACCUGAAGUCUUCUCACAGCUCCAACAGGACUUUUUAUCGGUUUGAAGCAGUUUGGGAUAGCUCUUUGCAUAACUCCCUUCUCCUCAAUCGAGUGACACCAUAUGGAGAGAAGAUAUAUAUGACUCUGUCUGCUUACCUGGAGCUUGACCACUGCAUUCAACCUGCUGUUAUAACAAAGGAUGUUUGUAUGGUCUUUUACUCGCGAGAUGCCAAGAUCUCACCGCCACGAUCACUACGCAAUCUCUUUGGCAGUGGCUACGCCAAAUCUCCAGAUUCCAAUCGAGUAACUGGGAUCUAUGAACUAAGCUUAUGCAAAAUGGCAGACACAGGAAGUCCAGGAAUGCAGAGGAGGAGGAGGAAAGUCCUAGAUACAUCUGUGGCGUAUGUGCGUGGAGAAGAGAACCUGGCAGGUUGGAGGCCCCGUGGUGACAGCCUCAUUCUAGAACAUCAGUGGGAACUGGAGAAAUUGGAGUUGCUGCAUGAGGUGGAAAAAACCCGACACUUCCUUCUGCUUCGUGAAAAGCUUGGUGACAGCAUCCCCAAGUCCCUGAGUGACUCAUUGUCUCCCAGUCUGAGCAGUGGAACCCUCAGCACCUCCACCAGCAUUUCUUCACAGAUUUCCACCACCACUUUUGAGAGUGCUGUCACCCCCAGUGAAAGCAGUGGCUAUGACUCAGCUGAUAUAGAGAGCCUGGUGGAUCGGGAGAAAGAGCUGGCCACCAAGUGUCUGCAGCUUCUUACUCACACUUUCAAUCGUGAAUUUAACCAGGUGUACAAUAGCAUCAGUGAUUGUAAGCUGUCUGAUAUUUCUCCAAUUGGGCGGGACCCAUCAGUGUCCAGUUUCAGCAGUGCUACCCUCACUCCUUCAUCUACCUGUCCUUCUCUGGUAGAUUCAAGAUGCAAUUCAAUUGAUCAGAAGACCCCAGAAGCAAAUUCUCGUGCCUCCAGUCCCUGUCCUGAGUUGGAACAGUUUCAGCUCAUUCCUGCAGUAGAAACUUCCUAUAUUGCCAGAGCUGGAAAGAAUGAAUUCCUAAACCUUGUUCCUGAUAUUGAGGAAAUCAGACCAGGCUCUGUAGUCUCAAAGAAAGGAUACCUUCACUUCAAAGAGCCACUCUCCAGCUCCUGGGCCAAGCAUUUUGUGGUGGUCCGCCGUCCAUAUGUUUUUAUUUACAACAGCGAUAAAGAUCCUGUGGAAAGAGGAGUCAUAAACUUAUCCACGGCUCAGGUGGAAUACAGCGAGGAUCAGCAGGCAAUGGUAAAGACACCCAACACCUUUGGUGUAUGUACAAAGCACCGUGGGGUCCUGCUCCAGGCCAUCAAUGACAAAGACAUGAAUGACUGGUUAUAUGCCUUCAACCCACUCCUUGCUGGCACGAUACGGUCAAAACUGGCUCGAAGACGCACAGGCCAGAUGAAGUACUGAGUCCAUGUAACGUUCUCAUCUGUUCUCCCUAACUCACCUUCUGAUAGAUAAAGUGUUACCUCUCAUUUUCUCUUUGUGAUUCUUGACAGUUUCUCUUGUAUGUAAUCCUGUGGCUUAACGUCCCCUACCUUCCCAACUCUUUCAGCACAUUUUCUAGCUAUUCUAACCCUACCUUUUUUCUUUUCACUUGUGCUGAGAAUCCUACUAGUAGCAUGUGGCCAAACAAAAAGAAAAAAAGAAAAAAAAGAAAGGGAUUGAGUUAAUAUGCACGACUCUUUAAAAAAAAAAUUUUUUUUUGUUGUAACGAUUGUUUUCCCAUUCCAACUGACCUUUUGGUGUCUGUCCCACUGUCUGUGUUGUCUGUCUAAAAUGCUCUAGGUUUUUCAUUCAGUUUAUGAUUUGGCAGUAGUCACUGGUUCCCUCAGGGCAAAGUUCUAACGCCAGGGAAAGAUUAUUCCUUCUGUAGACAUUACCAGCCAGGAACUGCAAUAGCUCCUCAGGCUUCCUGGAUCCAGCCUCUGAUUUAAACUCUGUUGAAAGCUGAUAUUGGAUAAACCUAUCUGGGCAGAUUGGAUUUUGGACUGGUGCAAGUUUUUGAGUUUCCAGGCUCCAGCAGACAAGGGCAUGACUUGCAAAAAGAUGAGGGAACAAAUCAAGAGGGGCUGGCUGUAAUGAUCUGCCUUUGAACUCUUGCUGUGGGGUGCAUAUGAGCAGUGCUUGGCUCUAACUCUCCCUGAGAACAUGUACACCCCUCUGCCUCAGAACCGAGCUGAGCAGACAGAACUUGUGCUCACGCGAGGAAAAAUAAACAACGUCGCUGCAAUAUUAGAUGUAAUCCCUAAAGUUUGAGACGCUUAGCCUCAUAUUUGAUGUGGAUGGAGUGUGUUAAGUUGAAAAAAGCCAGCAUUGUUGUUCCCUAGAGUGUGUUCAGGAGAUCACCACAGGGGGGCAAUAAUUCCCUUUUCUGCUUUUAGUUGUGGCUUCUGAGUUCCUGUAGCAACAGUUCUCACUUCCCUCUCCUGGAAGAGAUUUACAAUUCUAACUGGCAGUUUAUGGAAGACUGCUCUGAGCAGUGUAUUUGGCAUCUUUCUAAAAGGCCUGCUUUAUGCAUGCAUCCUUUAUCUGUAAUAUUCAUAUGAUGUCCAGUCUGUCCAUGGGCAAAGCAUCCUCUCUCUAGAAAAUAAUUUCUGAACCUAGCACUCGCAGUAUUCUCCAGGCACCAAUGGAAAGCUUCCACUUCUCCUUGGAAUAAUUGUUGAAUACCUCCUAUCUCCCUGCUGCAAUUUUCCUUAGCUAAAACCCCUUAAUUAACUUUUAACUUAACAGGUAGUCUUUCCUGGAGGACAGAUCAAGUAGACUCCAGUCCUGGUCAGUGGGGUGCAGUAACUGGCUUUUUGGAGAUCAGCUAGAUGGUGUUAGUUCUUGGCCUGCAAUGUAAGUUCUUCCUGUGGCAGAGCUUUGAUCCUUGCCCCAAGAAAGGGAGGCAGAAUGAGUUCCCUUCUGAGAAGUAAACUCAUCUCUCAAGUUUUCAGGGAGGUUGGGAUUUUUUGGUUUGUUUUUAACUGUUUGACUGCUGUGCUAUACUGUCUUGACUUACCUUGGGCACCGAUAGGGCUAGCUGUGAUUCUGGGGAAUGUACAGCGAUUUCAUGCUAAGGCUCCUGUCUCUCAGGGUGGAAGUAGAAGGGGUUUGUUCCAUUGUUGCAGUAGGCACACUUAGGAAAAUACUGUUUUGUGACACCAGCUCAGGAAGGUUGUUUUCAUUCAGAUCAUUUGUCACCGAGUCAUGCCAUGCAUCGGAAGUUCUGUAGCCAGAAGCUUGUGUGGGACUGUCAGCAGUUGAGCAAACUUUUUUAGCUUUAUGGGUUUUUUUGCUUCUGCAGUAAAGUGCAGUGCAUAAUGGCACCUCCUAAAAGCGUGGCUAGAAAAGGGGCAGGGAGAUGGAGUCUGACACUUGCUAGGACAUAUCUUUAUAUAUUUCAAGAUAGUACUCCAGCUAAACUGUGUACUCAUCCUGUCUUCUGUGGUCCUCAGACUUGCUCCAGAACUGGAACUCAGAGUGAGAGUGUGUCCUGGGGACCCAAGAGCAUAAUAUAGAAAAUUAUUUUCUUUUCCCUGGCUGCAUCUUGUUUAAUUGUGUGACUCAAUAUAGUGAUGAUGUUUCUUUGUAACGGACGCUAUGCACUUCAAGUGUGUGUGCAAAUAAGAUUGCUAGUGCUGAAAGAGGGCUCCCCAUACUGGAGCUAAGCGGAUGUCAAGAUGUGUUAAGAAUGCAUUAGGUUAAUUUUAAGCACUAAGUUGUUGCUGCCACCACCACUGUUUGUAAUGAAGGUGGAACCAGUCUGAGGAGAGGAGGAGGGGUAGCAAUUCAGGUGGUAUUAUGUGAUGCACUGAGAACGUUUGUGUUUUUAUUUUUUUAUUAUUAUUUUUUUUAACUAGAACAUAACUAGUUUGUUAAGUCUUUGCUUUGGAUAAGCCAGAAAAUGAACUAAGGGGAUAUAGGUAUUGCACAGGAACAUGAUUAAGGGAAUCUUCCUUUGAAAGCAGGAAGAGACUGAUGCUUACUUGAUACAGAGCUGGAAAUGUGUAGCAGUGUUGUAUAAAUGUUACCCUUAUAUCUAAGGACUCUAAGCAACUUCAGAUGGCUUGAUGCAUAUAUGGAUAAUAGGUCAUCAGAAGAGCAAAAUUCUAUUUUUAAGCAUCAACAUCUCUUAAAGCCUCAUAAUCUGUGACAGAAUAGAUUAACACUUGUCCCAUGGAGUUCAAAUGGGCAUUACUGUUUUCAGGUCUGAGAUAAAAGUACACAGUCACAGAGUUUUUCAACAGUUAUUGAAGCCUGUUUUGAGACAUCAGUUUCCCUCCUCCUUAAAACUGGAGUGAGACAAUUCAGGUUUUCUGUAAACGACGACAACAAAAGUGGAUUUCAGCUCACUUUAAAGCUUUUUUUGAUCUAGCCCAGCAAGUUACAAAUUUCUCUUUUGGAACAGACCAAGAAGGGGAAAAUGUGCUAAGCUGCCUUCUCUUGACAUUUAAAAACCCACUUUUGGUUACCUACUGCGUGUAUGUGGGCUCCUAGAGUCAGACAGCUCUCAGGACCCAGCCACUAGGCAUCGUGCUGUGGGCCUGCCAACCCACUGAGCAUAAGUGCUAGUGGUAAACUCGACUGGCAAUUCUUGGAGAGACUUGAGAGUGAACUUGUACUGUAACUCUGGGUUUUUAUGUUCUUCAGUAAAGGGAAGGGAAAAAACAUCAUUGGGUCCUGUGAAAACCAUGUCAUUGGUGUUGGAGCUUCCUCAAUACUUUAAAACUAAACAAAACUAAACCUCCUAAACUGUAUUUUAGAAAUGCACUUUAAGUACUUUGUUUUUUGUUAGAAAAUUCCUAUAUUCUGGAACGCAGAAGGGAAGGGAAUAGUAUUUCCGAACCACUGAGAAAGUUGUUUUGUUUUUUUUGCCAGUGUCUAACAGUUCUUAUUACUAAAUAGCAAGGUAUUUCAAAGCAAAGACUUUACUUUUUGCUGCUUGUUAUCUAAUUUACAGGGAUUUAAGUUUAUGUAAUGUAUUGUAUAUUUAUACAUCUGUAAUUAAUCACAGGUUAGAGGAUUAGCUUUGGAAUAAGACCCAUUGGUACUCUGCAAUCAAGUAAUACUGCCUAUGCAUAUGCAUCUUUCUGGUACUCUUACACAGCCUUUGUUUGUGUUAGUUUGUAUUGUGGUGGUGUUUCUUUGUUGAAGAUGCAGUUGUUAACCUGCUGCUCAAAGGAAGGAUACUAAUGCUGCUCUGGGACGGUUUGCUGAAUGUAUUUUAAAAUGGGUCUCUAACAUGUGUGUUGCAUCUCUCCGUUGUGGUUUAAAACCCAGUAUGUGGUCUGAACUGUACUGUAUGUAGCAGGAAUGUAUUAAUUUUGUGCUUCCUUGUUAAAAACAUCAGCUGUUCAAAGAACAGGGUUGAGAUACUUUGUUCAGAAGGCCAUUUAUGCGUUCUAAGUAUUUGAAAUCAAAACUAGUCCAACGCUUACCAGAUGGUUGUGUCCAGUGUCAAUUGGAACAGUUUUUAAAUUAACACAAGUAGCCGUGUAUUCAGAAAACUGAGGGUAUGUUGCCAUAUUAGCGGCCCAAUCCUGAGCAGUACUGAACCUACCUCUUGCUCAUGUUGAAACCAAGGACUAGAAGCAGAGGGAGUCUUGGAUGAUCGGCGCUUCCCAGGAUCAGUUCUUAAUUUUCCACUCUGGAUGUUCACACUUCAUGUGCAGUUGAUUAAUGUUCUUGACUUUGGACAUUAGACAUGCUGUUGCACUGAACUACAUACUUUUUUUUUUAAUUGUGGUCCCCAUUUCCCCAUUCAACCUCUCUGUACAAAAGGUAUACAAGGUAUACGCUGUGUAAGUGGCCUUCUUGAACAAAUCUCUUUGCAAACUGAUUUCAUCCCAGCGAAGGAGUGCAUCAGCAACACUGUACAUUAAUUUCCAAUUUUCAUUUUCAUAUUUUAUUUUGUAAAUAUAUCUGAUGUUUGGAGCUUGAGUAUACAAAAUGUAAAUAUAGUUCAUGUAUUUGUACUAAUUCUGAUCCAUUUGCUGUAUAGCCUUAGGUGUGCAAUGCAGACAUUAUCUAACUGUGUAUGGUAACCUUGCACCACUGAAUUGUUAGUGAACGAGGUGAAACAAUAAAGGUACAACCAGUGCAUUAGCA